AUGAAAAAAGAAGUGAGCUAUGGGACCAAGUGUCUCCAGAGUCCCAUCAGAGAACACACAGCACACGGAGUCAUUUCUAGGCCCUGCGUUGGGUCAUGUUACGCUAAUGAAAUCCUACAGAGUUUAAACAUCUCAAGGAAAAAUGGGGUGUUCACCGAUCUAACCCUACAGGUAGAAGGUCAGCACUUCCCCUGCCACCGAGUCGUCCUGUGUGCCAAAAGUGCUUAUUUUCAAGCCAUGUUCACCAGCAAUCUGAAAGAAAGCCAUCUUGGCACGGUCAACCUUCCUGACGUUUCAGCGCCAUACACGGCUCUGGUUUUGGACUUCAUGUACGAAGGGAGAAUUCCAAUUGAAGAAGAAAAUGUUCAAGAGAUCCUACGGAUUUCAGACUUUCUUGACAUCAGCAGUUUACGAAACCUGUGCGUGAAAUUUCUUGAGCGUCAACUAGGCCCUUCGAACUGUGUAGGGAUCAAGCAAAUUGCAGACAAGUAUUACAUCCCUACGCUGUCUGAGAAAACCCAGAAGAUGAUGAUGGAAAGGUUUACCGAAGUCUCCAUGCAGGAGGAAUUCCUGGACCUAAGCAAAGAGGAACUGAUCGGGUACUUGUCCAGCGAUGACCUAGUGGUGUCCAAGGAGGAGGUGGUCUUUGAAGCCGUCUUGAGAUGGGUCGGGAAAAAUAAAACAAGAGGAGGAGCAAAGGUGUCCAAGGAUCUGCUGGAACAUGUCAGACUGCCCUUGCUGGACCCUGCUUAUUACCUGGAGAAGGUGGAAAUGGACAAAAUCAUGAAUGACUCCCCAGAGUGUUUCCCUUUGUUUUACGAAGCUCAGAUGUACCAUAUUCUCGGUAACAGCGGUAAUUCAAUUAGGAUGAGACCAAGAAGAUUCAUGGAUUUGUCUGAAAUGACCGUUGUCAUUGGUGGCUGUGACAAGAAGGGUGUCUUAAAGUUACCCUACAUUGACAGCUGUGACCCCAAGACGGGAACGUGGACGGGGCUCUCGGGACUCCCAGGAUACAGCAAAUCGGAGAUGGCCACAUGUGUGUUGAAGAAUAACAUUUAUAUCUCAGGUGGUCAUAUACACAGCAGAGAGGUUUGGAUGCUCAAUGUCCAUGUGAACAGUUGGAUUAAAGUCGCCUCGCUGAACACGGGGAGAUGGAGACAUGGCAUGGUGACACUGAAGGGACAAAUCUACGCAGUUGGUGGCUUUGAUGGUCAGAGCCGGUUGUCCUCAAUGGAACGGUACAGCUCAUUCACCAAUUCCUGGACCACUGGCACUCCCAUGCUGGAGGCUGUGAGCUCUGCGGGGGUGGUCUCUUGGAUGAACAAGCUCUAUGUCAUUGGCGGAGCAGUAGAUGAUUAUCGGAGCACAGACAAGGUUCAGUGUUACGAUCCCGUGGAGGAUAAAUGGACCUACAAGUCCCCCGCCCCGUUCUGCAAGGACUGUAUCAGUGCAGUGGAGUUAGAUGGGACGGUUUAUGUCAUUGGAGGGUUAAUGAGCACCAUCUUCAGAUACAAGCCGGAGGUGGAUGUAUGGAACGAGGCGGCCGCAUUACCCGGACCACUGGAAAGCUGCGGGGUGACGGUUUGCGGAGGGAAGAUCUAUAUUCUGGGCGGAAGGGAUGAAAACGGGGAAGGGAUGGAGAAAACCUUUGUGUACGAUCCGCUGACAAACGUGGUUUCCGAGGGGCAGCCGCUGCUCCGCGCCAUCAGUCACCACGGCUGCGUCACCGUUCUGCACAGGUAG